UUCUUUCUGUUUGAAUCAAAUACCAUGAAGAACUUCUUAUUUCUCGAAAUUACAACAACAAAAGGUGGUUGAAAAAUCCACAUAGUUUGAAAUAUAAAAUACCCACAUCGGUCACUUUCUUCCUACUCUGCCUCCAAUAAUUCAUAUGCUCUGUGUCUAAUAUCUAUUAGUUUUUAAUAAUAUAAAUUUUAGAAAAUCUCGAAUCUUUUUUUUUUUAAAAAAAGAUUUGGUUGGCUUGCAAAUUUUGAAAUGUAAAAGGUAGCCUGGUCAUGUUUUCCAAUGCAGAAGAAACCAAAUACACUGUUUUCUCUUUUCCAUGUGUUUGCUGACGUGGCUUGAAAUGAUACGAGGUAUAAGCAAAGAAUUAGAAGAGAAGGGAAAAAAAUAAAUAAAUAAAAAAUAACCCAGUAAAAGAUUUUUCUAUAUAUAUGCCAAAAAACACAAGUUCGUUAUGUGAAUAGAAAAAAAGUUUACAGAAAGAUGAAUACAAUGAGAGACAUUGUCAUUCUUUUCUCAAGCUUUCUUUGUCUGUGUUUCUCUUUAGCUCUCAUCAAGAUCUUUCAUAGACUGUGGUGGAGCCCAGUUCGUUUACAGUAUUUGAUGGGUUUGCAAGGAAUCAAAGGACCUUCUUACAGAUUCAUCCAUGGAAACAACCAAGAAAUGUUGAGCAUAAAAAAGGAAGCCAUGGCUAAACCUAUGCUGGGUUUAUCACAUGAUAUAUAUCAUAAGGUUCAGCCUCAUAUUCACUUAUGGACCAAUUUGUAUGGAAAGAACUUCAUUCAAUGGUAUGGUCCCCAAGCUCAAUUCAUCAUUACAGAACCAGAGUUGAUCAAGGAGAUAUUGAAUGACAGAGAUGGUGUUUAUCCAAAAACAGAGAUCAAUGCUCACUAUAAGAAGAAGAUAUUUGGAGAUGGACUUGGUACAUCUAAAGGUGAAAAAUGGGUCAAAAUGAGAAAACUGGCCAAUCAUGCCUUUCAUGCAGAAAGCUUGAAAGGUAUGAUUCCGGCGAUGGUAGCUAGCAUGGAGCCGAUGCUAGAGAAAUGGAAAAAUCAUGAAGGCAAAGAGAUUGAGGUUUUUGAAGAAUUCAGGUUGUUGACUUCAGAAAUUAUUUCCAGGACUGCAUUUGGUAGCAGUUACUUAGAAGGAAAGAACAUUUUUGAGAUGUUGAAGAAGUUGACAUUUUUAGUAUCCAAAAAUGUAUACAAACUAAGUUUUCCGGGAAUCGAUAAACUGAUUAAAUCUGAAGACCAGAUAGAAUUAGAGAAGCUCGAGAAGGAUAUACGUCAUUCCAUUAUACAAAUAAUAAAGAAAAGAGAAGAGAAAGCAAUGGAAGAAGAUCAAAAAGACAGUUUUGGAAAUGAUUUUCUCGGAAUAUUGCUUAAGGCUCACCAUGAUGCUAAUGAAAAGCAGCGGAUUUCAGUGGACAAUGUGGUAGACGAGUGCAAGACAUUUUAUUUUGCUGGCCAAGAAACCUCCAAUACUUUGCUCACUUGGGCUGUGUUUCUUCUAGCAGUCCACACUGAUUGGCAAGAAGAAGCAAGAAAGGAGGUAGUCAGUUUGUUUGGCCAACAAAUUCCAACCCCGGAUGGAAUCACAAAGCUCAAAAUUAUGAGCAUGAUCAUCAAUGAGACACUAAGAUUAUACCCUCCUGUGAUUGGAAUUUUAAGAAAAGUUGAAAAGGGAGUUAAAUUGGGGAAGCUCAUUCUUCCACCUAACAUGCUCUUGUACAUGUCAAAUCUUGCAAUCCACCAUGACCCAAAGAUAUGGGGAGAAGAUGUUCAUCUUUUUAAACCAGAGAGAUUCUCUGAAGGAAUUGCUAAGGCUACUAAGAACAACAUUGCUGCAUACUUUCCUUUCGGAAUUGGACCAAGAACUUGUGUGGGAUUUAACUUUUCAUUCACCGAAGCAAAGAUUGCACUCGCGAUGAUUCUACAGCGAUAUUCCUUCACCCUUUCCCCUACCUAUAUUCACUCGCCGUCUCAGCUUAUUACACUUCGUCCACAGCAUGGACUUCAAGUAAUGCUACACUCGGUUUGAAGACUAUUGAGAAUUGAAUACCUGUAAAUUAGACUAAUAAACAAAGUUUCUAGCUACAAGCCAAUAGAAUUAUUGCUCAUCAAUGGGAUUUGUACUUAUUAAUUGGUUUAAAUAAUUUAUCUCCAUUUUUUGUAUGGUAUUUAUACAAUAUUUGUCCGGCUGAAUGCUUUCCAUUUUCAUGUUUACGUGUGUUUUUCUUGUCUUGU